CAUAGCAACGCACCAAAAAUGGCGACAUACGGCAAUGAUGCCUGUACAAAUUAAAUUGAAAGUAGAUCUAGAGUAUUAAAUUCUAGACAGAGUCUACAUCUAGAUUUUCCAAAAGAAAUAAUGUAGGCCAUGUCAUAACGUAAAGAAUGUCAUCGGACACGGUCUCAGUGAAGUCAAGUUUACCAGAAAUAGGCCAGGUGCCUUCAAGUAACCUGGACAGCAAAGAGAGGAAGCCUAUUUCUCAAGAUGGUAAAUUGGAGAAAAGACUGACUAGGAAAGACUUAGAAAGACUUAGAAGCUCUUUCACUGUUUACAGUGAUGGCUAUGAGAACAAGCUUAGUCUAACCAAAGAACAGUUCUGUGAAGCUUUGUCCUUACUGCUUAAAAAAGGUUCUGUUGAAGAAUAUGCAGAACUUUUUGAUAAAAUUGAUGUCACAAGGGAAGGAACUGUUGACUGGGACAGUCUGGCAUCUCAUAUGCUGCUGGAGUUUUAUGAGAGAGAUGACAGAGUCAAGUCAACACAAGUCCCACAGUGGAAGGAUAUCAAAUUGUUGGCAAGUCCACAUAAAGAUGUAAUACAUGGAUUGGCUUAUCUAAAGAAUAGUAACAAAUAUGUGGCCAUAAGUAAGGAAGGUUGUGUCUCUAUGUGGGGAACAAAUUUAAAACUGCUCAGAUCCUUCAAGACCGGUACAGAUGCUUGUAGAACACGAGAUGUUUGGGUCACGCACUUUGUUCCACUGCAGAAUUUGAAUAAAAUAGCUUUGGCUUUCACUAGUAAAGAAAUCGCCAUCUAUGACCUUAGUAGUAAAGUGGAGUUCAGCUGCCAGUACAAAGUUCAAGGUUUAAAGUUCACACCUCUCUGCUUGGACUUCUGGCACAAUCCUAACAACGUGAAUGAUGCUCUGCUGGUGUGGGGAGAUGUGGGGGGGCUGGUCAACAUUCUCUUCUUCAACUCUGCUAACAUAGCCUUGUUUGAGAGGCCACCAGCGCCACCUGGAGAAAAGCAAGAGCCUUGUCUUAACAUUCAGCUCAAUGAUAUCAAGUCUGGCAAAUAUAAAAAUGCCACUUUUGCAAGUUAUGAAGCUCAUAAUGAGAACGGUAAAGGAGAGUGGGUUAAAGCAGUGCAUUACUCUCACUAUCUGGAGUGUUUCAUUUCCUGUGCCACAACAACUGCUAAUGCUAUGGUUAUUGGUUGGUUAGUGAAGCAUACAAGUGUGAAUCAAAAUGUUCGACUUCUAAAGGGAGGUCAACCUCUUAAGAAGGAAUUUCAGAAAAAGUCUGACUUCCAUAUUUCUCAAGGUGUCAAUGCAUUUAGUUACUGUGAAGCCUUAAAUCUAAUUGCCACAGCUGGAGUUAACAACCAUGUGUGCUUGUGGAAUCCAUAUGUUGUGUCUAAACCAAACGGGGUACUUAGGGGUCAUAUGGCGAGCGUUGUACAAGUGCAGUUCAUGACAUCCAGGAAUCAACUCAUCUCAUUUUCAAAAGAUAAAGUUCUGAGAAUCUGGGAUGUUCAGUUACAAGUUUGUAUCCAGCGAUUGGCUGGAAUGUUUCCUAAAGGUCCAGAAGUGACCAGUAUCUUACUGUUUGAUGACAGUAAAGAAAGAAGUGGCCAGGAGAAGAACAGAAUGUUUCUUACUUUCAGUUAUCAGAUCACGGCCAUGGACAUGAAGAUUGAGGUCAAGGACAGGGUGGUCAGUCAUGAGAAACCUGUUAUCACUGCUCUUUACAACUCUCUCUACAAUCAGGUAAUCAGUGUCUGCCAAGGGGGAACAAUUAUCAUGUGGUUUGCUGAUACUGGGCAGAAGAUGAAACAGUUUAACAAUGCUCAUGGCAACUCUGAGAUAACUUGUAUGACUCAGGACCAUACUGAGACCAGGCUGUUUACUGGUAGCACUGAUGGUACCGUCAAGGUAUGGGACUUCAAUGGUCACUGCUACCAUACUCUUGAAUGUUCAGGUGGACAGCCAGCAGACGUGAGCCAAAUUUUGGUUUUAAAGAGAAGUGUGGUUGUUGUGGGAUGGGCCAAAACUCUGGCAAUAUUUCGCAACAGUGCAUUUAAAGAGUUUCAUGUUCAGCCUUCAGACUGGAAAGGAGGCCAGGAACACAGUGAAGACAUAUUGUGUAGUGCUUUCCUUGGUCCUACCACGCUGGCCACUGGGUCCUAUGAUGGGGACAUUGUCAUUUGGAACACCAACUCUGAAUACCCGUCACGCCACUGUGCCCAGAGGUCAAGGCGUGGGCUGAAAUCAAGGGGGAGGACCCUGAUCAACUCUCCAACUAAAGAACUUAGUACAGUUAGAUCAGAAGAAACUAACUUUGACCUUACCCGUCAAAAAUCUACAUUGACUGUUGAUUCAAAAUUGAGAAAUCGUUCUGCCCUAGGCAAAAGGUCAGAGACAAGACUAUCGGUUGGUCAAGGGAGUACUGAUGAACAGAGUGAAUUUGGCUGGGCUGUUGUUCAGUUGAUAUUUUUAGAAAACCGCCAAGUUACAAAUGGUGGAGGAAAUCUAGUUUCUUGUGGAGGCAACGGCUGGGUCAGGUUCUGGAAUUCUUCACGUGGAACACUCAUAGCUGAAUUUAUAGCACAUCAAAAUGGCGGCAGUAUUAUUAUGGCAGUAGAUCCUAAACAGCGUUACAUCGUGACUGCUGAUGUGGAUGGCUGUGUGAAGGUCUGGGAUAUAGAGAACUUUGCCUUGAAUCAUACUGAUGAACCGGUCACAAGUCUACCAACAUUGAUUUCUCAGUUCCAGCCUCAUCAAGACCAAAUCAACUCUGUCGAAAUGUUUGAAAGGAAUGAGAGGCUUCUCAUCAUGUCCUCCUCAUCAGACUGCAGUGUUGCCUUAUGGGAUAUCUAUGGCAACAGAAUUGGUGUAUUCGGUCAGGAAGAGCAUUGGAAAAUUGAAGCUUAUCACCCAGUGGAACAGUUGGAAGAAGAAAAGUCUGAUUUGAAAUCUGAAGACAGCUACUCAAAUGAUUUUGUUCAAGAUGUUGAGUGGGAGCCUGACGAAGCUGCCGUCACACAGCCCUCAAAGUAUCGCAUCAAUACUUGGAACAAGACUGUCCUAGGUAAAGAUUAUCAAAAUCUGAGGCAGCAGAAGAGGGAGAGGCGGCAGCCUGGUACUUUGCCAGACUUACCUUACCUUCAUUGGGAAAGAACUGGAGCACCACCAGCUGGACCUUACUCUGCCCUGGACACUAAAGAGUUAAAUGUAUUUGUCAAUGUUGUGAAACCUGAGCCAGAGAAAUACUUCCAUGAGAGACAUGAUGAGUUAAACUCUUUCAAGUUACCAGUCUUAGCAGAAACUCUGAAAACUGCUUUUGAUGAGAAGAAUUUGUUUCCUAGUUACAUUUUAGAAUUUGAGAAAAAGAUGAAACAUUAUCACUCAAUGAUGCUGAGCCCACAGCAGGGGAAAAGUAAAACAUUGAAAUCUGGCCAACAAGGAAGCACAGCAUCACUGUCCCAAUCUGGCCACAUCAAAUCUCCUGUUUUGUCCAAGAGAACUUUGGCACCAAGCAUCUCCUUUGGUUCAAAAAGUCUUUAUGCUUCAAGGAACAAUUCAAUAGCAACAUCAUCUACAGAUGACUGAGUGCAGCAAUAGCUACAUCAUCUACAGAAGACUAAGUGUAGCAUUAGCUACAUGAUCUACAGUUGACUGAGUUUUGGCUAAACAAUAGCUACAUCAUCUACGAAUGACACUGCACACUUUUUGAUAUUUCAUUUACAUUGGUUUAAGUGUAUGUUUGGGAGUAUUGUAUGUAAAACACAAGAGAAAGACUGUUUCAUAUACUCUGGGUCUUAUAUUUAUGCAUUUAUAAUUGCUCAAUCCCAUUUGAGUGUCUGUGUGUGCAUACAUUUACAAUUUUUGUAUGAUUCACUAUGGCAAAGUUUGCUGCUCCAGAAUCAACAUGUUUAGUCCUGAUAGAAGGCGAUGAAACCGACACCAGCAAUUCAUCUUGGCACAUCUCUAUAUGACACUAAAAGAGAGUUUUAGAUUUCUACCAAUGGCUGCCUAGUUGUGUGGUGGUCUUGAUGUCCUGUGUUCAAACCAUAGCCCGCUUCCAUCCCCCGUUGUCCUGGAGGAGGUUUGGGCUGGGAAAUCUUCAAAUCUGAAGGAAAUGUCAAACAAACAUUUACACCAGUCUCCACUAGUUUGAUAGCCAAAAAAAUAGACACCAUUGUUUCCUUGUUAAAUAAUUGGACUCAAUUUGAUUCAGUAUAUCUACUUAUUGAAAUAUUAGAUUACUAUCUUGUAAUUUUUUUUUUUUUUUUUUGGGGGGGGGGGGGGGGGAGAGGCUAAUGUUUCUCUUUAGUGAGAUUAAAUUUUAAAAAUCUUUGUCAAUUCACCUGAAAGCAAUCUUUGUACAUGUCUUAACCAUCUCCAUCAGAAAUGUAUCUCUAGUAGCAAGGAAACUUCUCCUAGAUAAUCAUCAUUUUAACUUAUGCUAAUUCUUGAACACCUACUAGUAGCAAGGAAAAUUCUCCUAGAUACAUUACAAUGUCCAUGAAAACAAUUUAAAACAAAUGGCACAAAUAGUUUUAUUCUCUAGUGUGAAUAUCAGCAUUAAAGAAUGUAAUCCCAAAUAAUAGAAAAAAUUUAGCUGAGUUUACAUCAACUUUUAGCUGCAGGAUAUAAUUUAAGUGUUCUUGGUGAAGACAGGCACAGAUAAAGAAAAGACAUGUAGAUUACCAUGGACAUAUGGCUUUGUCUGCAUUAGAUGUGGUAAAAUAUAUGGGUCACAACUGCUUUAAUCCUUAAUCUUCAGACUUGAAGACAAUGCAUAUCUAUAUAAUUUAAUUUGUAAUAAAUCUAUCCAUCCAUCCAUCCCAGUGGCGCUACAGCCCAUGGAGGGCUCUGGUCUGCUUCAACACAUCCUUCCAUUCAGAUCUCUCCUGGGCCUUUCAUCUCCAUGCCCUAACUGCAAGCUGUUGUAGAUAUGCCUCCACAUUAUCAAUCCAUCGCAUUUGGGGUCUGCCUUUGGGUUGCCUGCUUUUUGAUUUUUGUCUGUAUACAAUUUUCGCUCCUCUGUUCUCUGACUUUCUUUCAAGGUGACCUGCCCAACGUAGUUUGUUCUUUUUAUUUCUAUCACUAUCUGUGGGUCUUCCUACAAUCGAUAUAUCUCAUGGUUAGUCCAUGUCCUCCACCCUGUUUCAUCUUGUAUAGCAACACAGAUUUUCCUAAGAAACUAAUAUCUUUCAAAAGUAUAUUUCAGUCAUUAAAAAGUAGUCUUGUGAAAUUUAUUUGUUUUAAAUAUUAAUUAUUGCGCUCAUUCAUAAUCUUUGGACUAAAAAACAAUGCCUUGUAUAUAAAUAUCAAUCAUUUUGCUGACUAUAUGUUUAUGUUUUCAUCCUAUUAAAUGUAACUCAAAGAUUGUUUGAUUUGCUUCAAGUUGAAGGUUACUUUCCAUUGUUGACAAAAUAUGUUGCUUGUUUGUUUUGCCUUACUUUGUUACUAUUAACAGACAGCUAUUUAUUUUUUACAGAUUUAUUUUUUACUUAUUUGUAAUCAGUAUUCAAUGUCUGAUGUAAAUUAUUUACUGAAGUGACUUUUUAAAAUUAUACUUAUUUAUAUUGUAUUAACUUUUUUACAUUUCUGGCCAAUUUAAUUACUUUGUAUUUUUGUAUAAAGAUUGAUAGCAUACA